AUGGCACCGCUGCCGAUCAAAUUCACAGAGCUGCUGCAGCUCACCAGCAUAGGUGUCGACCAGGCUGCAAUCGGCUUCAACUCAUGCACACUCGAGUCCGACCACUACAUCUGCAUUCGAGAGAAGAAGAACGAGGCCGCAUCCCCCGAAGUUGUUAUCGUCGAUCUCAAGAACGGCAACAAUGUGACAAGACGACCAAUCAAGGCCGAUAGUGCCAUCAUGCACUGGCACCUCAACAUCAUCGCGCUGAAGGCGCAAUCGCGGACAGUCCAGAUCUUCGACCUGGAUAACAAGAAGAAGCUAAAGUCUGCCACCAUGAACGAGGAUGUCGUGUUCUGGAAGUGGAUCACCGACAGCUCCCUCGGCCUUGUCACAGACUCCGCUAUCUACCACUGGGAUGUGUUUGAUGAGAAUCAGCACAUGCCAGAGAAGAUCACGGACCGACACGCCAAUUUGACUGGCUGCCAAAUCAUCAACUAUCGCGUUAAUGGUGACGGCAAGUGGAUGGUGGUCGUCGGUAUCAAGCAAGAUCAAGGUCGCGUUGUUGGCCAGAUGCAGCUCUACUCUCGAGACCGUGGCAUCAGCCAGGCAAUCGAAGGUCACGCCGCCGGCUUCGGAACAAUUCGAUUGGAUGGCGCGCCCCAGGACACGAAGCUGUUCACCUUCUCCGUAAGGACAGCGGCAGGCGCAAAGCUGCAUAUUGUUGAAGUCGAUCACGCCGAGACCAACCCGGUCUUCCCAAAGAAGGCCGUGGACGUCUUCUUUCCUCCCGAGGCAGUCAACGAUUUCCCAGUCGCUAUGCAGGUUUCCCAGAAGUAUGGCGUCAUCUACCUCGUGACAAAGUAUGGCUUCAUCCAUCUCUACGAUCUUGAAACCGGUUCCUGCAUCUUCAUGAACCGCAUUUCCAGCGAAACGAUCUUCACAUCCUGCGGGGACGGCGAAUCAUCUGGCAUCGUGGGUAUCAACCGCAAGGGCCAGGUCUUGUUCGUGUCUGUCGACGACUCCAACGUUGUCCAGUAUCUGCUGCAGAACCCGGCCAACACUGAGAUGGCAAUCAAGAUGGCUUCGCGAGCUGGACUACCCGGCGCGGACGAUCUCUAUGGACGCCAAUUUGAUCAACUUUUCAACUCGGGUGACUACAUGGCCGCUGCUAAGAUCGCUGCGAGCUCCCCUCGAGGCUUCUUGCGGACGCCCGCCACAAUCGAGAAAUUCAAGCGACUCCCGCAGCAACCAGGGCAAAUGUCAUUCAUCCUGCAGUACUUCGGUAUGUUGCUGGAUAAGGGCACGCUGAACCAACACGAGACGAUUGAGCUCGCGCAGCCCGUACUUGCGCAGAACAGGAAGCAGCUGCUCGAGAAGUGGCUCAAAGAGAACAAGCUCGACUGCUCUGAGCAGCUGGGUGAUCUGGUUAGGCCACAUGAUCUUAACAUGGCACUCACAAUCUACCUCAAAGCCAAUGUCCCCCACAAAGUGGUUGCUGGGCUUGCUGAAACCGGUCAAUUCGACAAGAUUCUGCCAUAUGUUCAGCAGACUGGAUACACGCCUGACUGGGUCGGCUUGCUGCAGCAUAUUGUGCGCAGCAAUCCUGAGAAGGGAGCCGAAUUUGCCACCUCUCUCGUCAACCAACCACAAGGGUCUUUGGUUGAUAUCGAACGCGUGGUAGAUGUGUUCCAGGCCCAGGGCAUGGUGCAACAGGCUACCGCUUUCUUGCUUGAUGCUCUGAAGGACAACAACCCUGACCAAGGUCACCUCCAGACUCGUCUCUUGGAGAUGAAUCUUAUGCACGCUCCUCAGGUCGCUGACGCCAUCCUUGGCAAUGACAUGUUUUCACACUUCGACAAGACCCGAAUUGCCACGCUUUGUGAGCAGGCUGGCUUGAUGCAGAAGGCUCUGGAGCUCUACGAGGACCCCGCAGCUGUCAAGCGAGUCGUCGUUAACAUAGCAGGAUCGCAAGGUUUCAACCCCGACUGGCUCGUCAACUUUUUUGGCAAGUUGUCGGUCGAGCAGUCUAUUGACUGCCUCGAUGCCAUGAUGAAGACCAACAUCCGGCAGAACUUGCAAUCAGUCAUCCAGAUUGCCACGAAGUACUCUGAUCUUCUUGGUCCCGAACGCCUUAUCGACCUCUUUGAGAAGUACAAGACCGCUGAAGGUCUGUUCUACUACCUAGGGAGCAUUGUCAACCUUUCAGAAAACCCCGAUGUCCACUUCAAGUACAUUGAGGCAGCGACAAAGAUGGGUCAAUUCAACGAGGUGGAGCGCAUCUGCCGGGACAGCAACUACUACAACCCCGAGAAGGUCAAGAACUUCCUGAAGGAGGCGAAGCUCGCAGAGCAGCUGCCGCUCAUCAUUGUGUGCGAUCGGCACAACUUUGUGCAUGACCUCAUCCUCUAUUUGUACCAGAACCAGCAGUUCCAGUCCAUCGAGACAUACGUGCAGCGCGUGAACCCGGGUCGGGCACCUGCGGUCAUCGGCGGCCUUUUGGACGUCGACUGCGAUGAGAACAUCAUCAAGAACCUGUUGUCGACUAUCAACGCAGCAUCGGUGCCCAUCGAUGACCUUGUUUCCGAAGUGGAGUCGCGAAACCGUCUCAAGUUGCUUCUGCCGUUCCUGGAAGCCACCCUCGCCUCAGGAAACCAGCAGCAGGCUGUCUACAAUGCCCUCGCCAAGAUCUACAUUGACUCGAACAACAACCCUGAGAAGUUCCUCAAGGAGAACGACCAGUAUGACACUCUCGUUGUUGGAAAGUACUGCGAGAAGCGAGACCCCAAUCUUGCAUACAUUGCCUACAGCAAGGGCCAGAAUGAUCUCGAGCUCGUCAAUAUCACCAACGAGAACUCAAUGUACCGUGCCCAAGCUCGGUACUUGCUUGACCGUGCCGAUAAGGAGCUCUGGUCAUUUGUCCUCAGCGAGAACAACCUCCACCGACGAUCGGUCGUCGACCAAGUCAUCUCGACUGCAGUACCCGAGUCAACCGACCCUGCCAAGGUUUCCGAGGCUGUGGCAUGCUUCCUGGCGGCUGAUCUCCCCAGCGAGCUUAUUGAGCUCCUGGAGAAGAUCGUCCUUGAGCCCUCGCCUUUCAGCGACAACCAGAACCUGCAGAACCUGCUCAUGUUCACUGCCGCGAAAGCUGACAAGGCUCGUGUCAUGGACUACAUCCAUCGACUGGACGGCUUUGAUGCCGAAGAGAUCUCUGGCGUUUGCAUAAAUGUCGGCUUGUACGAGGAGGCAUUCGAGAUUUUCAAGAAGAUUGGAGACAAGGUUGGCGCAGUUUCCGUGCUCGUUGAGCAUGUUGUCAGCAUUGACCGCGCUCAAGCAUACGCGGAUGACGUUGAUCUGCCCGAUGUCUGGAGCAAGGUUGCAAAGGCACAGCUUGAUGGUCUACGUGUUAGCGACGCCAUAGAAUCUUACAUCAAGGCUGAUGAUCCCAAGAACUACGCCGAGGUCAUCGAGAUUGCCGUUCAUGCCGGCAAGAACGAGGAACUUGUCAAGUACCUUCGCAUGGCUCGCAAGACUCUCCGUGAGCCAGAGAUCGACACCGCGUUGGCCUUCUGCUACGCUCGACUGGACCAAAUCGGCGAAUUGGAGGACUUCUUGCGCGGCACUAAUGUCGCCAACAUCGAGGAGUCCGGUGACAAGGCGUAUGAGGAAGGUCUCUACCAGGCCGCCAAGAUUUUCUUCACCAGCAUUUCCAACUGGGCCAAGCUGGCUACCACGCUUGUCCACCUCGAGGACUACCAGGCUGCAGUCGAGUGCGCUCGUAAGGCCAACAACAUUCGGGUGUGGAAGCAGGUCCACGGCGCUUGUGUUGACAAGAAGGAGUUCCGCCUUGCCAAGAUCUGCGGUCUCAACCUGAUCGUCGAUGCUGAGGAGCUGCAGACCCUCGUCAAGCAGUACGAGCGGAACGGCUACUUUGAUGAGCUCAUCGACCUGUUGGAGCAGGGUCUUGGCUUGGAGCGUGCUCACAUGGGUAUGUUCACAGAGCUGGGCAUUGCACUGUCGAAGUACCACCCUGAGCGACUCAUGGAGCACCUCAAGCUGUUCUGGAGCCGUAUGAACAUGCCCAAGAUGAUUCGCGCCUGCGAGGAGGCAAAUCUGUGGCCUGAGCUUGUGUUCUGCUACUACCAUUACGACGAGUAUGACAAUGCUGCGCUCGCUGUCAUGGAGCGUCCGGAGAACUCGUGGGAGCACCAGCAGUUCAAGGAGAUGGCCGUCAAGGUUGCCAACCUUGAAAUCUACUACAAGGCGAUCAACUUCUACCUGGAGCAGCACCCUUCGCUUCUCACCGACCUCCUGCAGGCUCUUACGCCUCGAAUUGACGUAAAUCGUGUUGUCCGCUUGUUCCAGAAGUCUGACAACUUGCCGUUGAUCAAGCCGUUCUUGCUCAAUGUGCAAACCCAGAACAAGCGCACCGUCAACGAUGCCAUCAACGAUCUUCUCAUUGAGGAGGAAGACUACAAGACCUUGCGUGACUCCGUGGAGAACUACGACAACUACGAUGCCGUCGAUCUGGCUUCGCGGCUUGAGAAGCAUGAUCUUGUCUUCUUCCGGCAAAUUGCUGCUAACAUUUACCGCAAGAACAAGCGUUGGGAGAAGUCGAUUGCCCUGUCCAAGCAAGACAAGCUCUGGAAGGAUGCCAUUGAAACUUCGGCAAUUUCUGGCAAGACCGAGGUUGUGGAGGAUCUCAUCCGAUACUUCGUUGAUGUUGGUAAUCGCGAAUGCUACGUUGGCAUGCUGUAUGCUUGCUACGACCUCCUUCGCCCUGAUCUCGUCCUGGAGCUUUCUUGGCGCAACGGUCUGACGGACUUCUCCAUGCCUUACAUGAUCAACAUGCUUGCUCAGCAGACUAAAGAGCUUGCACUACUCAAGGCUGACAACGAGGCCCGGAAAGCCAAGGAGAAGGAGCAGGAGAAGGUUGAGGACAACACACCCAUCCUCGGCAACCGUCUCAUGAUCACUGCCGGACCUGGGGCCAACACCGGUGGCGGCGGAUACGCUCCUAACGGCUUUGCUCCUCAGCCAACCGGGUUUGGUUUUUAG